AUCUCCUCUGUCAGCCAAUGAGCCAUCUCCCAUGGAGGUAGUACAGCCACCCUGGGGGCCAAAUGACCAGCGGGGAGAUUUUUCCAAGCAAAGGGAACCUGUCAGCAAGAGACGCAUCGGAUGAAACCAGACCCCCACACCCUCCCUAUCUACCCACCCCACUUCCUUUCCCUCCUCUGUUACUCCCCCCCUCCCCAGUCCUCCUUCUAGUUUUGCUUGAAUUGUGUUAAAACUGCACUGGAACAUAGAGGGGCUGGAGAGACCUUGUUGCGCCCCCCCAAUUCCGUCUGCGCUCUUACACUCUAGCUGGGAGGACUGUUUUGCGCACGUCUCCAUCAAUGCUGCCCCGAGUCUCCGGAGGGAGCCGAGCUCAUUGCCACAGCAGCUUAUGGUUACUAAAUGGUUUACUGGGGGAGGUUAUCUAACCGGCGAGAUGCUGCUCGUACCCCUGCUGGUAGCCUUUUUUUCCUCCAUCUCGGGCUCCCUUUCCUCAUCCCUCUCCUCCAUGUCAGACGGACCUCCGAUGAUGGACCCAACCGCCUCGGAUCUGAUGGCCGAGACCUGCAGCGCCUGCUCGUGCAUGUCGGUGGAGAACGUGCUCUACGUCAACUGCGAGAAGAUCACCGUCUAUCGGCCCACGCAGCUCAUCCCUCCGGCCUCUUCCCUGUACCACGUGAACUUCCAGAACAAUUUUCUAAUCAUACUGUACCCAAACUCGUUCCUCAACUUCACCCACGCUGUGUCACUGCAGCUGGGGAACAAUAAAUUGCAGAACAUUGAAGGCGGCGCAUUCAUGGGGAUGAGCGCAUUGAAACAGCUGCACCUUAAUAAUAAUGAGUUAAAGGUGCUACGAGCUGACACUUUCCAAGGCAUUGAAAACCUGGAAUAUCUUCAGGCUGACUACAACCUAAUAAAAUACAUCGAAAAGGGAGCAUUUAACAAACUGCACAAACUCAAAGUGCUGAUUCUGAAUGACAAUCUCAUACAGGCACUUCCUGAGAACAUUUUCCGCUUCGCUUCUCUCACGCACUUGGAUAUAAGAGGAAACAGGAUCCAGAACCUUCCUUACAUAGGGGUCCUGGAACAUAUCGGUCGCAUUGUAGAGCUGCAGCUGGACGACAACCCCUGGAACUGUACCUGUGAUUUAGCACCUCUGAAAGCAUGGCUUGAAAAUAUGCCCUACAAUAUAUUUAUUGGUGAGGCCAUAUGUGAAACACCAAGUGACUUAUAUGGGAGACUUCUGAAAGAAACCAACAGACAAGAGCUUUGUCCCAUGGGAACGGGAAGCGAAUUUGAUAUCAGGAUGCCACCUGCACUGCCUGAAAACGGGCAGGGGCCCUCAAAUAUGGCCCCGACCACAAUGGCUCCUGCUGCCACAAAAUCAACAAAAACAACAGACUCAUCUAAAUUUUAUGGAAAUGGAAUUGUGGCCGGUUUACCCCCUUUUGGAAAAACCAGACCGAUUGUUUCAUUUCAGACACGGACUCCCCCAAUGAUGUGUCCACUCCCCUGCAGCUGUAAAGCCCACCCGUCUGACUUUGGCAUUAGUGUAAGCUGUCAAGAAAGAAGUAUAAGAAAUCUUGCUGAUCUUACCUCCAAACCCCCAAAUGCCAAGAAGCUUCACUUAAGUGGAAAUUACAUCCGUGACAUCAGCCAAAGUGAUUUCCAAGGAUUUGAGGGGUUAGAUUUGCUCCAUCUUGGAAGUAAUCAAAUUGCAGCGGUACAAAAAGGUGUGUUUGCUAACCUCACUAAUCUGAGGCGACUGUAUUUGAAUGGAAACCAACUUGAACAACUACACCCAGAGAUGUUUUUGGGCCUCACAAACCUGCAGUACCUUUAUUUGGAAUACAACGCCAUCAAAGAGAUCCUCGCAAGCACAUUUGAUUCUAUGCCCAAUUUACAACUCCUGUAUCUUAACAACAAUGUCCUUCGGAGUCUCCCUGCCUAUAUUUUUGCUGGCGUCCCUCUAGCAAGACUUAAUCUAAAAAACAAUCACUUCAUGACACUGCCAGUGAGCGGCGUCCUGGACCAGCUUCGGUCACUUACCCAAGUAGACCUGGAGGGGAACCCGUGGGAGUGUUCCUGUGAUCUGGUUGCACUCAAGCUAUGGCUGCAGAAACUAAGUGAUGGAGUGGCUGCAAAAGAGGUGAAAUGUGCCUCUCCUGUGCAGUUUGCCAACAUCGAGCUGCGUUUAAUAAAAAAUGAGAUUCUCUGUCCUAGGCUUGCAAGACCUCCACUUAUCAUUACUAGCGCCACUCCAGUUUUGACCUCAGUGUCACCAGCAGGAGUGGGCAAGGCACCUCCAGGAGGGCCUGUGCCUCUCUCGAUUAUGAUCCUUAGCAUACUAGUGGUGCUUAUCCUAACUGUGUUUGUGGCCUUCUGCCUUCUAGUCUUUGUCCUAAGGCGGAAUAAAAAACCUGCAGGCAGGCAGGAGGGGCUGGGGAACCAGGAAUGCAGCUCACUGUCUCUUCAGCUUCGUCGGCACGGCCAUAAAUCUGGCAAAAAAGGAUCCAUCCCAGGGGAUGACUUGGGAGGCGAAACUUUCAUUCCCCAGACCAUUGAGCAUAUUGGCAAGAGCCACACCUGCGGCAUGGGACGCUCCUCAGACAUGGAUGCUGGCUUUAAGUUCGCAGACUCGCAAAGACAGAAGAUCAUCCUCCGGAAUUGUCCCGACAAGGACAAGGACCUGCUCUCCACCUUGGAGCGCAACAAACGGCUCAGCACCAUCGACGAGCUCGAGGAGUUUCUCCCUAACCGAGAACCCAGCCUUUUCAUCCACAACUUCUUGGACAGCAAAAGAGAUUUUAACAGUAUAGGGAUGGGCGGGUACGAAAUCCGCUAUCCUGAAAAGACACUGGAUAAAAAGAUGAAGAAAUCCUCCCUGAUAGGUGGGAACCACAGUAAGAUCGUGGUGGAGCAGAGGAAAAGUGAGUAUUACGAGUUGAAAGCCAAGCUCCAGGGGACACCUGAUUACCUGCAGGUGCUCGAGGAGCAGACUGCCCUUAGUAAAAUGUAGGGACUGUUGUGUUUGAUGGUCAGAAUUGAUUACUUACACACAAACAGGCCAAGAGACAGGCAAACUCUCUUUUUUUCUGUGUGCUCUUCAAGCCUCACACACACACACUAUUCAACUGCUCUCAUCUCCGGCUUUCUGUCUUCUCCUACAUCCACCCUCUCUCUCUCUCUCUCUCUCUCUCUCUCUCUUUUUUUCUUUCUUUCUGUCUCUCUAUCUCGCUCAUACACACACACACAGAAUGAAAAAGUGCCUUCUGGAAAUCCUUAAUGACCAAUGCAGAGAUAGACAAAAUGGCUCCACACUACAAAGCUGUUAUUAUAAAUGGUGUGGAUGUAUUUCAGAGAGAAAGACCUUUUGGAUUAUCCAUGCCACUACCUGUACGAAUCCUGCAAACAUCCCACAGGACCCUACAGAAAAAUAAAUCAACCUUACAGUCAUAGUAUUUUUGCUGCUAAUGAUAUUGAUACUUAUUUUUUUGUUCUCCUUUUGUUCUUUUCUUCCUCCUUUUGUUGUUUCAACCAAAUUAAAGGGUAUUGAAAACAGUGCUUGAGAAUAUACCUCGCUGCCAUCAGGCCGUGUUUAACAAAGGGAAUAAGAAGGGGGAGCAUCGGGUGUUAAUCGUUUGUUCUGGAAGGGAUCAAGGAUUGUUGAUUCUGGAAUGAGGUCUUGAACAAUUGUGGACUUUUAUGGAUGCCACUUUUUUCCCGGUAUUUUUUUGGUUGAAAUCGUGGCGGUGAUUCGCAUCUGGAGGCCCUUUCUGAAGUCAUCAGCAGACUCUCUGCCAUCUUGUCUGGAUUACCCACCAGCAGCAGCACGCCCGCUCUUUUGCUGGGGGGAUAAACGGCUCCUGUUUUGCAUUAAUGGCAACUGAGGGCACUGUAAAACUCAUUUUUGUUUGUUUUUUUGGGAAUGAUUUAAGGACUUGCUUUCUUGUGUAAAGAGCCAUGUUAAAUAUAGUGUCUUCUGAAUGGAGUUGUGUUUCUCUUUGAAGUUGCUACUUACAGUAAACGUAUGUUUUUUGGGGGGUGAAAUCUAACGGCACAUACACUGUCAGAGACAUUAUUUCUUGGGGGGAAAAAAAUGAAAAAGAAACCUGAAGGUAAAAAAAAAAAAAAAGUUACAAAGCUGCUUGCCAUGUAAGCGUAACCUGGGAUUUAUUUUGUAAGUCUUACAUUGUUUGUAUCUGUGGGACUGGUUUGUAAAUUACAAGAACAGACUGAUAUCUACACAGGAGUACACACUGAUACUGUGCGACGGAGCAUCUUCGAGAGACUAUGAAUCAGAGUGUUAAAACCAACCCAUAAUAUAUUUCAAUCAGUGAUCCUGCACCCCUCGCCAGCGCUCAAUUCUUAGUUAAAAGAAUUAACAACAUAGUUAACUUAUUUUUCUAUACAGGAUUAUUUAAGAAUUAUUGGUAUUAUUUAAAAAGGGGAAAGAAAAUGAGCGGAGCGGACUUGAAAGAACUCUUCAGAGCUAUUUUUAGGCUGAGCAGAGUGACUGUUGAUUUGCUCUAAGUGGGUCUUUGCUUCUCUUCAUUGUGCCGAGCAGCUUGAACCUGCAGACAAAGAGUGUGAAAUGCAAUCUUUAGCGUUUCUUUUUCAUCUUGACAAGAGGAGGCCUGAUAGUCUGUAAAACCUCUGAGCAGUUUCCCGAUUCUUCUAUCUCCCAAUGGGGAAAAAAAAAAAAAAAAAAAAGAUUUCCUAUCGACAUUAUGCAACCAAAAUAAAUGUGCAUUAAACUUGAUGUGCUUCUGGCAUUGUUGUGUUUGGGAGAGGAGGCGUUCUGAGGCCACAGCUGAGGGAACCAACUAAUCAACAAUCUAAAUUAUUAGACUUGGACAGAAUCGCACCGUAAAACACCAUGUGCAAUAAAAGUAAAAAAAAAUAAAAAUAUCAGACAUGAUGGCUUCAAAUAAUUUCAUUUAGUUUGGGGUUUAGCUGUCAGGAAUUUUAAAAUUAUUUUAUCAGCUUAACUCUAUUUGGUCCUUAUUUAAAAAAAGCAUUGUUAAGUUAAAUUUCUGAGUGUUUUUGACAUUACAAAUGAGUAGAAUGUAUCAUGAGAAGUAUAAUAAAUACAAUUUUUUUAUUGGUCAGAAAUCUCCUGUGCAUUGGUUCAUUUUCUCUUGUAUAAUCAUGUUGAAAUCAAGAUAUUAAAAUGAGCACCUAUUUGCA